AUGUCGUCGUUAUCCAGUUCAUUUCAGUCAUCAUCAGAUUUACCAAGGUCAAAGUCCCUAGCCAAUUCAAUGGUCUCCAUGAAUACAGAGGAGCACACAGGAUUGUAUGAACAUAGGCAACAUCCUGAUACAGUGCCAAUGCGUCAGGAAGCGCUUGGAUUGAAAAAGGACGAAAUUGGACGUUCUAAAGGCAAAUUGAUUUCUUCUGACGGGGAGAAUAAUGGAAUAAAAAAUCGCAACUAUGUGGAGGAAGCGAAUCUAUCCACCAGUGGCCACAUGGAUUUUGAAGAUGAAGGUGAGGCAGUUGCACAUCACCAAUUAGAAGCCUCUGCUAUCUUAACCUCUAAUGCGAGGCCAUCUAGGCUGGCAAAUUCCAUGCCACACCAAAGGCAGCUUUAUGUAGAGAGCAUUACUCCAUAUUCGCCAAGGAAGGUAGGUUUAAAAAGAGGUCAUAAUAUGGGCCUACCUGCUGCUAUCUCAAGCAACGGGUGCAACUUAGAAGUAUCUCGCCCGGCAAAAACUUUCACAAAAGGUCGUGAGACUUCAUUAGUUAGUGCGAACCUUGAAAUGUCACCUGAAUCGGAGGUUGACGUACAUUUCAAACAGACGAAACAUAAGAGAAGGGCGUAUUCUACAAUAUCUACAAAUCCAUCAGUCAAUCCCAUAACUUUAUUAACGAAGACCGUCUCACAGAAGUCGGAUGUAGGAAAUGAUAUGCAGGAAAUCAACGCGGUACGUAUGAGCAGCAGGGCAUCUUUCCAUAGUGACAUAUCGCAAGCAUCUAGGGUUUCUCAGGAAACGGAAGAAGAUGUUUGUUUUCCAAUGUCUCCGCCAUUACAUACAAGAGUUAAUGGUAUUGAUUUUGAUGAGUUGGAGGAAUACGCUCAGAAUUCAAAUGCUGAAAAAAAUCAGUUCUUGGCAAACCUUCAAAAACCCGCUGAGGGGGCAUUCAGUCAUGUCCCCCAAGGUACUGGAUUUAGUGGCUCUACUUCCACUUCAGGGUCCUCAGCAGCCCUCAAAUAUACACCUAGAAUUUUACAGACGUUUGAAAAAAAUGUCAGCGCUAAUGAGGCAGACGAAUCUGAAAACAAUGAGUGGGAACAGGAAGAUGAUAAACCUGGUCUACACCCUGGUGUAUCAUUUGGUAAAAAUAAAGUGGAGGGAGAUGAUGAAGGUAAUACUUCGAUUCAUAACCCAGCGUAUUACGUAUACCAGCCUACAUAUUUUCAGAUUCCUAAUAGAUUUUCGUUCUUCCGCUCUGAAUCUGAUGAAACCGUGCAUGCUAGUGAUAUCUCUUCUUUGAUAUCUGAGGGCCAGACGUUUUUUGAAUUAUUCAGAAAGGGCGAGCCAACAUGGUGGUUGGAUUGCAGUUGUCCGACUGACGAUGAAAUGCGUUGCAUAGCAAAGGCGUUUGGUAUUCAUCCGUUAACAGCAGAGGAUAUUAGAAUGCAGGAAACUCGUGAGAAAGUCGAACUUUUCAAAUCAUAUUACUUUGUUUGUUUUCAUACCUUCGAAAAUGAUAAAGAAUCAGAGGAUUAUCUUGAGCCUAUAAAUGUUUACAUUGUUGUUUUCAGGUCAGGUAUCUUGACUUUCCAUUUUGACCCAAUCUCCCACUGUGGAAAUGUAAGAAGACGUGUAAGACAAUUGCGUGACUAUGUCAAUGUCAAUUCAGAUUGGUUAUGUUAUGCUUUAAUCGAUGAUAUCACAGAUAGUUUUGCUCCGGUCAUUCAAUCCAUUGAAUAUGAAGCCGAUUCAAUUGAUGAUUCAGUGUUUAUGGCUCGUGAUAUGGACUUUGCAGCCAUGUUACAAAGGAUUGGUGAAAGUCGGCGUAAGACAAUGACGUUAAUGAGACUUUUAAGUGGUAAAGCGGAUGUUAUCAAAAUGUUCGCCAAAAGAUGUCAAGAUGAAAUUAAUGGUAUUGGGCCAGCGCUUACAUCACAAAUCAACAUUGCGAAUUUACAAGCGCAAGAAAAAAAUGUGCAACAUAUUAAGAAUAGAAACAAUAGAAGCUUAUCAAAUAAUUACACGCCCACAACGUCACAACCAAGGGGGGGUAUUGCUUUAUACUUAGGCGAUAUUCAGGAUCAUUUGUUGACGAUGUUUCAAAAUUUGCUGGCGUACGAAAAAAUCUUUUCUCGAUCCCAUACAAACUAUUUAGCUCAGUUGCAAGUGGAAUCAUUUAAUUCUAAUAAUAAGGUCACAGAAAUGUUAGGUAAAGUCACCAUGUUAGGUACAAUGUUGGUACCGCUGAAUGUUAUUACUGGCCUGUUUGGUAUGAAUGUCAAAGUUCCAGGAAGAAAUGCUAGUAUUGCAUGGUGGUAUGGGAUAUUAGGCGUACUGCUUUUACUGGCCGUCAUAAGCUGGUUUCUGGCUAGCUAUUGGAUUAAAAGAAUUGACCCCCCUGCGACACUUAAUGAAGCGGCAGAGAGUGGGGCUAAAUCUGUUAUAUCUAAUCUUUUACCAAAAAAAAAUAAAAGAUUCAACGAUCGUUCUAAAAAUGCUAAUGUUAGAGUCGAUUCUUCAAGUAAAUCAGUUGCCAGUCUACCCAGUAGAUAUAGCCGUUAG